CUAUAAUGGAUGUGAUGGUUUUAAAAGCAGUGCCAGUGCACACCUCCAUCCGCUCCGGCAUGCUGAGCGAGCUCAAUCAAGUGCACAUACAAGAGGACCUCCCCUCCCCUCUCCUCCGUUGCUGGGAGUGACAGGACACUUGCUGCUCAAGCAACAAGUUUAGUGUUGAUAUCUAAGCUCUAAUUUACCUACCUAGCUACCUCUUCAUUUAUUUUAGUACUACAAGCAAUUAAGACACAAUGGAGAUACCUAUGGAUCCCUUGUUUCUUGCAUGGAGCUACUUUAGAAGACGGAAGUUCCAACCAUGUUCCAAUAUUUGUUCGAAGAUAUUGGAGGACAGUCCAUACGACCAGGCUGCAUGGAGUCUGAAGACCCGUGCUCUGACAGAGAUGGUGUACAUUGAUGAGGUGGAGGUGGACCAGGAGGGGAUUGCUGAGAUGUUGCUGGAUGAGAGCUCCAUCGCUCAGGUUGCUCGCCCUGGGACAUCACUGAGGCUUCCAGGAACAAGCCAUGGAGGUGGACCUACUCCAGCCAUCAGGCCCAUGACCCAAUCGGGACGUCCUAUCACAGGGUUUGUGAGGCCCAGUACCCAGUCUGGCAGACCAGGGACGAUGGAACAAGCCAUCAGGACCCCUCGCACGGGACACACUGCCCGUCCUGUCACUAGUGCGUCUGGGAGAUUUGUCCGGCUGGGAACAGCCUCCAUGUUGACCAAUCCUGAGGGACCAUUUAUUAACUUAUCUAGACUCAACUUCGCUAAAUAUGCCCAGAAGCCCAAUUUAUCCAAGACCUUAUUUGAGUACAUCUUCCAUCAUGAAAAUGAUGUUAAAAAUGCUUUAGACCUGGCUGCUCUGGCCACUGAGAAUGCUCAGUUCAAAGACUGGUGGUGGAAAGUCCAGCUGGGGAAAUGCUACUACAGACUUGGUUUACACCGGGAAUCAGAAAAACAGUUCCGAUCUGCUCUCAAUCAUCAGGAGGUGGUGGACACAUACCUCUAUCUGGCGAAGGUGUAUCAGCGGCUUGAUCAGCCUAUAACUGCACUGAACCUCUUCAAGCAAGGUCUGGACCACUUUCCUGGGGAGGUCACUCUCUUAACAGGAAUUGCUCGCAUUCACGAGGAGAUGAAUAACUUCACCUCAGCCACAGAGUACUACAAAGAUGUCCUGAAGCAGGACAACACUCACGUUGAGGCUAUCGCCUGCAUAGGCAGCAAUCACUUCUACACGGACCAGCCUGAGAUCGCCCUGCGCUUUUACAGACGGCUGCUGCAGAUGGGAGUAUAUAAUUGCCAGCUGUACAACAACCUUGGACUGUGCUGCUUCUAUGCCCAGCAGUAUGACAUGACCCUCUCCUCCUUUGAGAGGGCUCUGGCCCUUGUGGCUAACGAUGAGGAGCAGGCUGACGUCUGGUACAACAUUGGACACGUAGCUGUGGGAAUAGGAGACCUGACUCUGGCAUACCAGUGUUUUAAACUGGCCUUGGCCUUCAACAACGACCAUGCUGAGGCCUAUAAUAACCUGGCUGUGCUGGAGCUACGCAAGGGACACAUUGAGCAGUCCAAAGCUUUCCUCCAGACCGCUGCAUCACUCGCCCCUCACAUGUAUGAACCACACUUUAACUACUCCACUCUGUCAGACAAGACUGGAGAUCUGCAGAGUAGCUAUACUGCUGCCCAGAGGUCAGAGGAUGCCUUCCCUGAGCAUGUAGAUACCCAAGAGAUUUUGAAACACCUGCGCCAGCACUUUGCUGUGCUGUGAGCUACUGACCAACACACCUGACCUGAAAGUCCAGUCUGCCUGUGCGAUAGCUCACUUAUUCACUUGUCAUAGAGUGGUGCUAUUAAACAACAGUGACUGGCCUCCUCGUGUAAUGGUUAGACGUCUUCACCAUCUACAGACAAAUCUUUUUCCUGCAGGGACACAACUGUUACUUGAUGGUGACAUUAUACAGGCUAAAUGAUACCAAGGGCAAUCUGGCUUGGCCAACUCACUGUACAGAAAUGAUUGUAAAACAGUAGUUUACAACUGCCUAGCCCAAUGUAGGUCUUAUUAGUUGUAAUUUAAGUGUUUUAUGUGCUUGUUUUUCUCUGCAAUGGUUGGUUCACAGGCUUGUAGAAUAGUGUAAGCUACUUUUAAGCACCGAUUAGUAAAUGUACAUAGUAAAGUAUGAACAUGGAAGAAACAAAUAUUUAUAGUAAAUGUAUUUAUACUGCUAUCUUUUUAUAGUGUAUUCAGAUGUAUUUUUGUACUACCAUUCCUCUUGUCACAAUUGUUACACGGAGUGGAACAGGGGAACCCAAGAGCAGACUCAGGUGAGGAGACUGGGAUGAAGUAACCAAGGUAUUUAUUGAAACACGGGGAGAUGGAGUGCAGUUCAGGGAAGCUCGGGCAGGUUGCUGGAAACCAAAUGCUGGAGCGAGAGGGGUUGAGACAGGGUGAGCAAGUCCGGAGGGGAAUCCAAGGGAGUAGUAGAGUGGGGAAUCCAGGGACCAGAGUCAGAGCAGGCAGAAUGAACAGAGAUUAUGAUCUGGCAGUGAGGAAGCGGCAGGACUGAGUAUUUGUAGAGGUCUUGAUUAUGUUUCCGCCCACACAAACACACACAGAGGGAGAGAGCACUGGGGGAGCGGUGGCAGGUCAAGGAGACACCGGAUGAGCACUAGAGGGCGUGGCAGGAGCAGAUGUGAUAACAAUUUGUAGUCUGUCUUGUUUGUUUUUGAUUGAUUACUCGUUAUGAUCAAAAAGAUACAGAACUCAUAUUCAUUUCUAUGUGUUUAACUUUACAAUAUGACAAUUUAUUUCAACAGGUACAAUCUUAUGCUAUGUACAACUUCAAUUUACAUUUGAUUCCAAUGCCUAUUAUUUUCAAUGUAUGUAUUUACUUAAUGAAAUAAUGGACAUUUUACAGUAAUUUAUAAGCCUUCCUUGAUUGCAUUCCACUUGUACAAGUAGCAUCAUUCCAGAACUUCAUGGGAUUUAUUUUGAUGGCCGCAAAGUCCUCCAUUCCAUAGUGGUCAUUGGGCUCUCCGUUUUCCCAGUACCUUUUAAACCAAGUUAAAGGUUACUUUCUAGACAUUCUGGUAUUAUCCUGAAUGAUAAUGGUACAGUUGAAACAUUUAACCAAGAACUGCUUAACAUGUUGGUCUAUACAAAUACACUGCUCAAAAAAAUAAAGGGAACACUAAAAUAACACAUCCUAGAUCUGAAUGAAUUAAAUAUUUUUAUUAAAUAUUUUUUUCUUUGCAUAGUUGAAUGUGCUGACGACAAAAUCACACAAAAAUGAUCAAUGGAAAUCAAAUUUAUCAACCCAUAGAGGUCUGGAUUUGAAGUCACACUCAAAAUUAAAGUGGAAAACCACACUACAGGCUGAUCCAACUUUGAUGUAAUGUCCUUAAAACAAGUCAAAAUGAGGCUCAGUAGUGUGUGUGGCCUCCACGUGCCUGUAUGACCUCCCUACAACGCCUGGGCAUGCUCCUGAUGAGAUGGCGGAUGGUCUCCUGAGGGAACUCCUCCCAGACCUGGACUAAAGCAUCCGCCAACUCCUGGACAGUCUGUUGUGCAACGUGGCGUUGGUGGAUGGAGCGAGACAUGAUGUCCCAGAUGUGCUCAAUUGGAUUCAGGUCUGGGGAACGGGCGGGCCAGUCCAUAGCAUCAAUGCCUUCCUCUUGCAGGAAAUGCUGACACACUCCAGCCACAUGAGGUCUAGCAUUGUCUUGCAUUAGGAGGAACCCAGGGCCAAACGCACCAGCAUAUGGUCUCACAAGGGGUCUGAGGAUCUCAUCUCAGUACCUAAUGGCAGUCAGGCUACCUCUGGCGAGCACAUGGAGGGCUGUGCGGCCCCCCAAAGAAAUGCCACCCCACAUCAUGACUGAACCACCGCCAAACCGGUCAUGCUGGAGGAUGUUGCAGGCAGCAGAACGUUCUCCACGGCGUCUCCAGACUCUGUCACGUCUGUCACAUGUGCUCAGUGUGAACCUGCUUUCAUCUGUGAAGAGCACAGGGCGCCAGUGGCGAAUUUGCCAAUCUUGGUGUUCUCUGGCAAAUGCCAAACGUCCUGCACGGUGUUGGGCUGUAAGCACAACCCCCACCUGUGGACGUCGGGCCCUCAUACCACCCUCGUGGAGUCUGUUUCUGACCGUUUGAGCAGACACAUGCACAUUUGUGGCCUGCUGGAGGUCAUUUUGCAGGGCUCUGGCAGUGCACCUCCUUGCACAAAGGCGGAGGUAGCGGUCCUGCUGCUGGGUUGUUGCCCUCCUACGGCCUCCUCCACGUCUCCUGAUGUACUGGCCUUUCUCCUGGUAGCGCCUCCAUGCUCUGGACACUACGCUGACAGACACAGCAAACCUUCUUGCCACACCUCGCAUUGAUGUGCCAUCCUGGAUGAGCUGCACUACCUGAGCCACUUGUGUGGGUUGUAGACUCCGUCUCAUGCUACCACUAGAGUGAAAGCACCGCCAGCAUUCAAAAGUGACCAAAACAUCAGCCAGGAAGCAUAGGAACUGAGAAGUGGUCUGUGGUCACCACCUGCAGAACCACUCCUUUAUUGGGGGUGUCUUGCUAAUUGUCUAUAAUUUCCACCUGUUGUCUAUUCCAUUUGCACAACAGCAUGUGCAAUUUAUUGUCAAUCAGUGUUGCUUCCUAAGUGGACAGUUUGAUUUCACAGAAGUGUGAUUGACUUGGAGUUACAUUGUGUUGUUUAAGUGUUCCAUUUAUUUUUUUGAGCAGUGUAGAUAGAAGACCAUACAUGAUUAAACCCUCUAUCCAGUCCAAUGACUUGUGCAGCUCUUACCCCUGAGUCAGAUCAGUCCCAUCAAGCCAUGUCCAGGUCCCCUCUGUAUCCUCUUCCUCCUUCAGUCCUAUCCAGAACCCUUUUAUGUGCAUGGGUUCGGAGUUAAACUGCACUGUGUGCAUCAACUUAUGAAUGCCUGAGCAAUCAAACACAACAAGGCAGGAAAUAAGCUUAUUUAAUCAGUGGUAACUGAAUUUUGGACAUUCUUUCUCUUAUAGUGCUCUCAAACCAUUACAAUGUAAAGGGGCCUACUCCAUGGAGUAGGGCACUUACAGCAUUCCACAUAGAGACACAUUACAUAGAACUGAUGGAAAUGUUGGGGGAGGGGGUUCUAUUAAGCUAACAUAUGUAAUUGUUUUGACAUGGUCAUGGAUCAUUUAGCUAUUUGAUUUUGAAUUUUAGGACCCCUGUAGUUAUAAAAAAUAUUUAUAAAUGGAAAAACAAAGUCAAAGAAUAAAUGUAAAGGAUGUAAUGUAAAGGAGUAAGGUUUUGAAGUGUCUGUCCUAUAUCUAGGAGAUAUAUACGAAAGCUCAGGAAAUACUGUAUAUAUUUUUUUGGGGACACAUAUUAAAUAUUUUUUUGUUGGCACAAAACUACUUCCAUACUUUCAUGAAUUUGUUUAACCGGUGCUGGGUUACUUUCAGACAACACUUGUGGAGAAGACCCUCGUGAGAGUCCCCUUUCCGUAAGUGUGGUCAUAUUAGUUUGUAGGACAAACCAUAUCGUUCGAACGCUACAGUCGUUUUUUGAGAAGAACGAUUUUUGGGAUGUCUCCUGGUCUGGCAAACAACGCUGUAGAUCUGCCAUUUUCCAUCGCAGGUGCGGAAGGCCGACAUAGGCGUAUGCGGUGGAUUGAGACUCACCCCAUACAAAAAAACAUAUCUAGCUUAAACAGACGAGUCAAUCGACUCCUAAGAAUUUACCGUCAUCAAUGUCUGUUCUACAUACAACAUUGCAUAGCAUACAAACGACUGAGUCCCAAAAGUCUCACCAACUUCAGUGACCCUGGACUGCAAUGCCGCCACCUGUUCCUGAAGGCUUUCAACCUGCCUCUGUAACUCCAUGCCAGUGUGUUUGGCACUCCCUAGCUGCCCGCUGGUUUUGUUCACCUUUUGGAGCUCUCGCAACCUGGACUCAGAGCAUUUCGUAUUCUGUACCUUAAACCGGGGCACUCCAUUUAGUAUGAUAUGGUAAAUUUGGCAUGGUUACAUAAGACAGAUGGUUACUUCAGGCAAAAACGAAAGGAGGAUGGUUGAUCGAGGUGGGUGGAUAACGCGAACAUCUAGCAAGCCAUAAGUUGCAAGUUUGAAUCUCAUGACGGACAACUUUAGCCUUUUUGCUAAUUAGCAACUUUGCUACUACUUAGCAUGUUAGCUAACCCUUCCCCUAACCUUAACCCUUUUAGCUAACCCUUCCCCUUCAACCAUAACCCCUAAACCCUAGCCUAGCUUACGUCUGGCCUUCACAAGAGAAGGGCACAGUUGUUUUAUAGGGGUAUCCUUCGUUUAUUUGGUGUGGGCUAUGGCCAAACAGUAGCCUGUAUGAAGUUGGGUUAAUAAACCGUAUAUUCUUAAACUCAAUCCUCUGUCUGGACAAUUGUUCCUUUAUGAUCUAGUUAGGUCAUUGCAAUACCAUACGAAAUGUAACAUAUCAAACUAAAUGGGAUGUCUCAGAUUUACAUACAGAAUAGUAUGAAAUUCUCUGAGACCAGGUUGCAACCUCCUCUUUGGCAUGGAUCAUAUUGCUGUGGGUGGCUCUGAGUUGCUCCAGCUCACUACUGCUCUGUGUCAAGUUCUGAUAUAGUGGACUGUAAUUCUCACUGACCUUGCUGUCUAUGGGGACCAAAGAGAGACCUAACAUCACUAGAGGAAGAGGACAGCAGAUAUUUCAAUUAAUUAUUUAAAGCAGAGUGAAAUGAUUAAGGACACUACUCACAUUGGACCCCCAGACCAAUGUCAACGACCAGUAGAAGAGCACUGAGCAUGCCCAGACUCACUGCAACCAAUCAGUAGAAUCGAGAACUCUGCCCAUCUCUCACCAUGAAGAUGGACACUGGACAAGGGACAAUUUUAUCAAGUAUUACCACAAUAAUAUUUGGGUUAAUCCACAGGAUUUUUGUGACAUACCUGUAUUCAGAAUUUCAUUCUCAAAUCUACAAUCUGUCAAAAGCAGGAUUGAUAUUUUAUAUGAGAGCAGUUCUUCUCUUGAUUUUCCGAAAAGGUCACGUUUUCCUUACGGUACCUUGUUGGUCUUGUCUGUUAUGGAGAGGAUGUCCAUCUGUGCUGAAAUCAUCCUGACAUCAGCUCGUUGUAUGUUCCCUUGAAUCCCUUAAACCGAUCUUCUGAUAUGUCAGAAUUCUCCAUUGACUUGUCUGUCUGCUGUCUGCCAAUAUUGAACUAAAACAACUGUCUACUCAUUCUCUCUGCCUGUGGAUGAUUUGUUUAGUCAUUGCCCUAUGUCAAUGUUUCAUGUGAAUACUGUGAAGCCAUUGGUGGUUUGAGUGGAGGGAGGAGUGUUUGUUUGUGUGUGUGUGUGUGUGUGUGUGUGUGUGCGUGCGUGCGUGCGUGUGUGUGUGUGUGUGACAGAAAGAUCCUCAAACAACCAGUGAUGUAUUAUAAUUGCCCAAUUUUAAUUUACUUUUGUUAUAAACAUUUUCUUUUAACAUGUAGUGUCUUUGCAUAUGACAACACUCAUGAGACAAAUUAUUACAACUUUAAUUCCUGAACUUCCUUUGCUUUCAUUUCACAUAUCCAUUUCAGUGCAUAUCUACAUGGGGCAUCGUUCCAAGUCUUCAUGGCAUCCCAAGUCGUCUUGGGAUGGUUUUUGGAGUAAAUGGCUGCACAGUCCUCGUUAUUCAUAUCGUCGUUAGGCUCCCCAUCUGCCCAGUAUCUUGAACAAAGGUCAAGGUUCAUUUUUAGACAAUUUGUCUAUCCAUACCAUGCCACAGCAGAUAGGUUAAACUUAUGUUAAUCAGAGUCUACAUGGCUCUGAUAUUAAUUAAUAGGUAAUAGGACAGUAGUAAUAGUUAAUGUUAAUACUAGCUACUAAACGAACCAAUUCCAAUGACUUGUGCACCUCUUACCCCUGAGUCAGAUCAGUCCCAUCAAGCCAUGCCCAGGUUCCCUCUUUAUCCUCUUCCUCCUUCAGUCCAAUCCAGAACCCUGUUAGGUGCCAGGAUCCUGAGCUGUAUCUUAAUGCUUGUAUUGCCUUAUUGAUAAACUCCUGAGCAGACACACGCACACACCACACACAGAGAGAGAGAAAGAGAGAGUGAGAUAGUGGUCAAACCUUUACCAGGUAAAGGGGUCUAUUCCAUGGAGUGGGGCAUUAACAUAAUUCCACUUAGAGAGACAUUCCAUAGAACUGAUGAAAAUGCUAGAAUGUUCUACUCAUUCUAUGCUAACCUGGUAUGUACUGUAUAUUUUAUUUAACACAUUUUGGAAGUUACACCAUAUUAAAAACUAUAUAUAUAUAUUUAACCUUUAUUUAACUAGGCAAGUCAGUUAAGAACAAAUUCUUAUUUACAAUGACGGCCUACCCCGGCCAAACCCAGACGACGCUGUGCCAAUUGUGCGCCGCCCUACUGGACUCCCAAUCACAGCUGGAUGAGAUGCAGCCUGGAUUUGAAUCAGGCACUGCAGUGACACGUCUUGCACUGAGAUGCAGUGCCUUAGACUGCUGCGCCUCUCGGGAGAAAUAUGGAAUAUAUCCAAAUAACUUACCUGCUUCUCUUCACUAUCUAUUAUUGCCAGGUCAGCUCCUUUUUUAAUGCAGUUAUCUCUGCUUCUGUCCCACGUUUUCAGAGGAAUGGAGUUAGACAAGGGAAAGUAGUAACACACCGAGUUGAGCAAUUUCCAUCCUGGCAAACAACGGCCACAGAUUUCCACUGUUAUAAAAUGAGAUGGAAAACAUUGAAACAUUACUUUUGUAGUAACGUGAAAAAUGAAGGCCCCCAUAUAAGCAUGCGCUGCUGUUUCAGAUCUCCAGAUUGGGAUAUUAUCAAAGCAAUUAUUUUGUUAUGAACAUCUACCAAUAAUAAAUUAAUCAAUGUCUCUUCUAGAUACAACAUUGCAUAGCAUACAAAAGACUGAGUCCAAAAAGUCUCACCAACUUCAGUGACCCUGGACUGCAAUGCCGCCACCUGUUCCUGAAGGCUUUCAACCUGCCUCUGUAACUCCAUGCCAGUGUGUUUGGCACUCCCUAGCUGCCCGCUGGUUUUGUUCACCUUUUGGAGCUCUUUCUGCAACACUGUCAAGGCCUCCUCUUUAGCAUGGAUCAUAUUACUGUGGGUGGCUCUGAGUUGCUCCAGCUCACUGCUGAUUUGUGUCAAGUUCUGAUAUAGUGGACCGUACUUCUCACUGACUUUGCUGUCUAUGGGGACCAAAGAGAGACCUAACAUCACUAGAGGAAGAGGACAGAAUUAUUCAAUUAAUUAUUUAAAGCAGAGUGAAAUGAUUAAGGACACUACUCACAUUGGACCCCCAGACCAAUGUCAACAACCAGUAGAAGAGCAAUGAGCAUGCCCAGACUCACUGCAACCAAUCGAUAGAAUCGAAAACUCUGCCCAUCUCUCACCAUGAAGAUGGACACUGGACAAGGGACAAUUUUAUCAAGUAUUACCGCAAUAAUAUUUGGGUUAAUCCACAGGAUUUUUGUGACAUACAGUACCUGUAUUCAGAAUUUCAUUCUCAAAUCUACAAUCUGUCACCAAGCUCCUGGAUUGAUAUUUAUAGGAGAGCAGAUAUUCUCUUGAUUUUCCGAAAAAGGUCACUGUACCUUGUUGUUGGUCUUGUCUGUUAUGGAGAGGAUGUCCAUCUGUGCUGAAAUCAUCCUGACAUAUCAGCUCAUUAUAUGUUCCCUUGAAUCCUUUCAACACAUUUUUUGAUAUGUCAGAAUUCUCCAUUGACUUGUCUGUCUGCUGUCUGCCAAUAUUGAAUUAAAACAACUGUUUACUCAU